CGCGGCUCGUUUUGCCGCAAGGUUCUGCCUUCCGGAGUUUACGUACUUGGUUAACUUACGGCGUCGUUUCGUUAACAGUGUAGUGCCACAUAUACCGAACAAAUAAGCUAUGGUUUGGCGAAUAUGGCAGAAGAACAACUCGUGGCGUUCAGGGAGCGCUGGAGGGAGGAAAUAGCGGAUAGGAGAAAAGAGGAGCAUAAGCCUUUCCCUGAGAGCAGCUCCGACGGCCAGCCAGGUCAGGGAGAACCCCAACAUCGCUAUUUCGAAGACUUUCGUCCAAACGCAGACCCCACGGGGCGACAGAAAGCAGCGGAGGGGGGUCGUUUUGUUGAGGGGAGUGAAUGUGAUGGUGGGGAGAAGAGUGCUGCGAAGCCGCCGGAGGAACCGGAGUAUGUGUCCAUAGCUAGCAGCCUGCUGGAUGGAAGGACAAGCCCUCUGCUGGAGAGGAUCAGAGAGGAGAGGACGAGGAGGAAAAGACAGUAUCAUAACGUAACACAUGUCUGCAGCACCACCUCGCAACAACAACAACAACAGCAGAAACAAGUCAAGAAAGACGAGGAGCUGGUGGAUCAACUCAUUCUUGAUCUGAAUGAGGUCAAUGACAUUCCCUUUUUUGACAUCGAGCUGCCGUAUGAGUUAGCUCUGAAGAUAUUUCAGUAUCUCAACCGCACUGAACUGGGACGGUGUGCCCAGGUGAGUAAAGCGUGGAGAGGCCUGGCAGAAGACGGGGUUCUGUGGUUCAGGGUGUGUAAGAGGGAAGGUUACUAUCGCAACGCCUGUGUCUCUGAUACCCCCUGUUGGAAGAGCACAUUAAGAGACUGCAGGAGCUCCGACAGCAACGUGCGCACCAACUGGAAGAAUCGUGUGGGAUCUGUCAGCCAGCUACAGUUUGAGCUGGGGAAGGUGCUUUGUGAUGUUGGCUCCUGUGACAACUUUGUCUUGGCUGGGUACACGUCCGGUGAUGUCAGACUGUGGGAUACCCUCCACUGGGACUCAGCUGCCACCUUCCUGAAAGCCAACAGCCUGUCUGCUAACACAGAUCCCAGGCCACAUGUCAGUCAUGUCCAGGUCAACAGCACUGUGGCUGUGGCAGCGUAUGAGGAUGGCUGUGUGGAUCUGUGGAGCGUAGAGACUGGCGGGGAGCCCAUCCAUCACUAUCAGAGCCCAGGUAGGAUCCAGACCCUGGCCCUGAGCCCAGACAGCCCCACUCUGGCCUCCGCCAUUGGGCCAGAUGUUCGACUAGACUGCCCUGAUGACCACGGCUACUGGAGGACCCUCUGCCAGGCACAACUACCCAAGACUGUGGAAAGAAUGGUGCUGGUGCCUGGCAGGGGGCAGCAGUGUCCGCUAGCGGUCCUGUCGGCGGAUGAGAGCGUGUACCUUCUAGACCCCCGGCAGGAGGAGCCAGGUGUCCUCCAUUCGGUGUACGGCCACCCUGUCACCUGCCUGAAUGCUUCUGAACUCUACGCUGCACUGGGGGUGAAGAGCAGUGGCUGGGCCAUGCACGACGGAGGCAACAAGAUCCAGGUAUAUGGCCUCGAGACGGGCCAGUCGGCAGUGUGUGUGGGCAACUCGCCGGGGGACUUCACAUGCCUCAACCUCACAGACAGUCUCCCCCACCUGCUGGUGUGUGGAAACAAAGACAGGCGGGUGAGGGUGUUCGAUCUACGCAGCGGCUCCUCUGUGGCGUCCCUGUACGCCCACCACCUGGGCGUGACCUCAGUGCAGGCAGAUGAUUGGAAGAUCGUGAGCGGCGGUGGUGAGGGGCUGGUCUGUGUGUGGGAGAUGAGGAUGGGGGCCAAGCUGUGGGAGAUGCACAACAGGCAUCCUGUCAGGCAUGUGCGUUUCAACACAAGCACCCUGGUGACCGCCAACAUCCCAGAUGAGAAGUCUCCUCGGGGGGCCUGCAUCACCGAUGAUGACCUCACGGCUCACCGCAGGCACAGGGGGGUGAUCUGCCACUAUGACUUCUCCGAGGACGCCACCUCGCAGGACCACAUUCUCCCCAUCUGCCGCUCCAGCUACGACGAGUCUUACGGUUACAACUACAACAUCAGCCUGGCAGUGCCUUACGACACGCUGUCUGGCUCACACCCCGCCCACUGACACGCGGCACCCCCACCGCCCAGCUCUGUGUGUGUGUGUGUGUGUGUGUGUGUGUUAGUGUUUGUAUGUGAGUGUGUAGGUGUAAAUGGACAGUAGAGCUUGUAUAAGAGCUCCAGUUGCAGGUAGUUUUUCCUGCCAAAUUGUUACCCUCACCACUCUCAUCCCUUUUCUUUCAUCCUCCUAGUUUAAAAUGAAAAGAUUAUUAUAUCUUUAUUAGAUUUGUAA